ACUGGUUAACCGCCUGAUAGUCUGACCAGGAUAGGUGUGCGGUGGUUGAACUGUCACUCUGGGACCCUUCAAUGUGCUAAUGGCGGGACCCGGAGUAGAAACUACUAACACCACCGACCAAUAUGGUCCUUCUAGAUGCAGUUACCGUACAGUUAACAUCAAGAAAUAAUUGUCAAAUUGAACAAGGUUCAAGAAAAUUGACAGCGCUGUUGGUAUGAGGACCAUGAAGUGUGUACAGCAGGAUAUUGUCAGGGAAGUUACCAAGACAACCACACCCAAAAUAAACUUCUCUUUUCAUGAGGUGGAGGUGCCGGAGCCUGAUUCCAGUCAGGUGCUGGUCAAGAUCAGGGCGUGUGGGCUGUCUCUCAUCAAACAGAAGGUCCUAGGAGAGGUUUUGGGGGCAGAUGGUCGGGUGACGUACCCUUGUGGCCAGGACAUAUCUGGUGUUGUAGAGCAGGUGGGUGCUGGCGUCACCCACGUCAACAUUGGGGACGAGGUUGUUGGUGUUCUUCCCCUGGAUAGCUCACUGUCUGGCCUUGGCGAGUUUUGUGUCUUCAAUGAAUAUGACCUUGUUUCAAAGCCGCGUAUGUUGAGCCAUGUUGAUGCUGCGGGGGGUAUCGGUGACUGUGUACGCGCAUACUCUGCCUUGCACUACCAGGCUCGUAUAUGUGCAGGAGACACAGUUCUGAUACUGGAUGGGGCGUCCUCAUUUGGCCUCUGUGCCAUCCAGAUAACCCGCCUAUGGGGAGCAAAGGUGAUCACCACAGUAAACAGCACUGCAGAGAAAUCCUUGCUGGACUCCCUCGUGCCAAACUGCGGCCACAUCAUUGAGGUUGGUCAGAGCAGCAACAUUCUGGUCAGCUCUGUGAUGGAGGAAACGGGAGGGAUCGGGGUCGAUGUUGCCAUUGACAACGGAGUGCGAAUGUACAACAACGAGGAAGACUGCAACCUGCCGUCUGAACGUCGCCGCUUUACGACACCACACAAACACGACCUCAUCUCAUGUCUUGGUGUUAACGGCAAGUGGGUCACUCAACAGUCAGACCUACAGCUGGACCCACCAGACUCACAGGCCCUGUACAUGCGGGGAGCCAGCCUCAACUUUCUGUUUGAUGGUGCAUGGACACUUUCAUAUGCGCAGCAGGGUCGAUACCAGCACAUAUUGCAUGACGUUGUGGACAAGCUUGACCGUGGACAAAUCAAGGUGAAGGUCGUGAAAACGGUGUCGCUACAGGAUGUUCCGGAGGAGCUUGCCAAUUUGGACAGUCUGCGCACGGGCAAAAUUGUAAUGGCACACCCAUCCUAGAACACUGAAACAUAAUGGAACCAAGGCACCAAUUCUAGUGCACACAACAAGCAAUCCAUUUUAGUCAAAGAAACAAUUCUGUGGUCAGAUAUUUGAGUAACAGUGUGCUUGUUAUACUGUGGAGCUGUUCACUGAUAGUGUUAACAUUGUUUUUAUUGUUAUCCUUGGUAUUGUGCAAUAUUAAUAUUAAAUAAAUGAAUAUCAGUUAGAUAUGACAAUGUGAAUUUUUAUCCAGGGUGUUUAAAUCAGCCCUUAAAUCAAUUGUCAUCUGUCUGUUGUAGCUUAGCAUGCCUUUAUGCCCAUAUCUGAGCAGUAACUUACUGUUUUAUGCUAAAACAUAGGGAUUUUCUUGGUCAAUGUUAUUCAUGCUAAAACUGCCAUGCACUUCUUUAAGAAGCAAUAUUCUAAGACAAAAUUUACAUACUUGACAACUUAAACUAAACCAUGUCAUAUGCAAGUAGUGCUGGAUUUUAUGGGAGCUAUGACCCUUUUGAUAAAUAAUUCUGCAUGCAAGGUAAUAUCAUGUGGCUGUACUUAUUUCAAUAACCUUUUUAUGAGGCUAACGGACAAUCUAUUAGAAGUAAUGUUGAAAUGAAGUAAAAGCAAUUUAUUGUCAUACAUAUGAUUCUUUAAAAAAAAAAAAUCUGUAAAAUAAUAGAAUGGAGAUGUAAUUUAUGAUGCAAGGUAUAUUGUAUAUUGUACUCGUAUGUUUUAUACCAGUGUUAAAGCCACAUUUAAGGCAAUGAACAGUUUGUUAGUUUAAAUUCACAAAUAAAGAAACAAACAACU